CGAUUGUUGCCGAAACAUCAACGCCAAACAUCCCACACCCACCUGUCCUUCCUCCUCCAUCUGCCCCGUGAGGCUUAUUGCAAGCGCGAUUCCGUUCAUUCGCGACUGCGAAAGUCGCCUAUAAUUUUGGCAUCAUCUCAAUAAAAUUCACCUCGACGCGUGAACACUCGAUAUUCACUUUCCGCCGACUGCUUCUCUCGCGCGGCGCGCUCGAGUCACGCUGAAUUCUCUCGGUCGCGUACACAUCAUCCUGUCCCCUUCGCACACGGUGAUAAACGCGAAUUCUUUCUCACAACUCGUCGAGUCAUUAGCUCAAUGAUUGCUUGAUCCACAAGCGCCGCCUUUUAAUAACGAUUGCAUUUGCACCUGUCGAUAUUGAUUUGCUCCCCUCUAGCUUAAUCAGUCCGUUUCACCAUGUUCUACUCGGAGACUUUGCUCUCCAAAACUGGGCCGUUGGCCCGUGUCUGGCUUUCUGCCAACCUUGAACGCAAGCUCUCGAAGACACAUAUUCUGCAAUCCAAUAUUGAGAGUAGCGUUAAUGCUAUUGUCGACCAAGGCCAGGCGCCCAUGGCCCUCCGAUUGAGUGGUCAACUAUUGUUGGGUGUUGUGAGAAUCUACAGCAGAAAAGCGCGCUACUUGCUCGAUGAUUGCAAUGAAGCUCUUAUGAAAAUCAAGAUGGCUUUCCGACCCGGAAAUGUCGAUUUACCCGCAAAUCAGCUGAAUGCACCGAACCCAGGCGCAUUGACUCUACCUGAUGUUCUCACCGAAUUGGACUUGCUAGCACCAAUGCCGGAUGAUUCCUUACUUCUUACUCAGCCGCCGCCGGCGGAUCUGACUCGCGAUGAGAGCUUGGGACCCCUCGAUUGGACAAGCCAGCUGCUACCCGGCAACGAGAGCGUUGAACAAGGCCGCAAUGCACCUGCUGAAACUUUUCUGGACGACGAUGGCAUCGUUUUGGAUUUGGGAGAAGAUGUUGCGGAUCCGGCCGAGGAAACGAGCAUCCACGUUGGUCGUGAUGCACCGCCGGCUCGCCCCGUCGAGGAGGACCUUAUGAACGAUGACAUGAAGCUCUAUGAUGAGGACCUUGAACUGGAUCUCGGCGACGACGAGCCCCUAGGUGCGGAGAUUGCAGCUCCCUUUCCCACUACCGAAGAACCUGAAAUCAAUCUCGGCGGCGACGACGAUAUUCCCAUGGCAAAUCUGGAAGAUGAAGACGACGUGCCUCCUCUUGUACCAGACACUCCCGGUCGUCAAGAACGAGACUCGCAGUCCCCCUUGUCAUCAGUUCGACCGAGCGUGGAGCGUGAAUUUGAAAUGCAUUUAGACGACUCAUUUGCGCCCGAGCAGGAUGAAGUAUCCGCCCAUCACGCGCAUCGGGCCAAGAAGCGAAAAGUCAUGGCACCGGAUGCUGACACCAUUCUGCAUGCCAGCCAAAUCAAGCAGCUUCAAGAUGACCGGUCCAAAAUUCUGAAACCGGCCUCCUUCCUGCCCCGAGACCCGAUGCUUCUGACCCUCAUGUCUAUGCAACGGAACGGCGGCUUCGUAUCCAACAUUCUCGGUGAGGGACGAGGCAAGGGAUGGGCACCAGAACUCCGAGGGAUCCUUUCUCUGGAAGUUGUUCGGCAGUCUGGCGAUCUGAAGCGGAAGCGUGAUGCUGGUGCUGCCAGUGCCCGGCCGGAGGAAGGUCUCUCCGCCGAGAAAGAGCUGCAGCUCGAAAUUCCCGAGGAGGAGCCUGAUUUUGCCAUUUCCGCACCAUUUGAAGGCAAUACCACCCUUGGCGGAGAACCCGAGGUUAUCAACAUUCCCGCUGCCGAGGAGGAUAUUCGCGCGCCAUUGGAUGACGAGGACAUGGGAAUGGCACCGCCACGGUCCGAUGAAGACGAGCAUUCCCCUCCACCUGAUGUUUUUGAUGACACCACUGCGCCUUUGGUUCACCCAGCGGAUAGUGGCCCCGUCUCUCUCGGCACCAAGCACGCUGUACACUUGCUUCGGGAACAUCUCGAUGCCUCUGAGACCGAAGGUCCUUCCCAUCACGGAAAGAAGAGCGUACUUUUCCAGGACCUUCUCCCGGAGCGCAACGCCACCAAGGCCGACGCCACGAAGAUGUUUUUCGAGACGCUGGUCCUUGCAACCAAGGAUGCCAUCAAGGUUGAACAGACCGAGAAGAGCCUCGGUGGACCCAUUCGAGUGCGCGCCAAGCGUGGUCUUUGGGGCGACUGGGCCGAGAUGGAAGCUGGCGGAGAAAUUGCAGAGACUGAGCGCGCAACCGCUACUGCUUGAUUCCUGGGGCUCAUGUUUGAUUUAGUUGGAAAGUGUCAUUGGUUUACGGCAUGCUGACAUGUCUGGGGAACACGGGAAACUUUGAGGCUUCACGGGUGUUUGGGGCGAAUAUCAUGGAUCUUGAUGGGAUGCGGUUCAUUUUCUUUUUUCUUUCUGCAUCUUUCUUUUCUCCGUUUUCUUAUUGGUUUCCUUUCCGGCAUUGGCGACUCCGGUUCGGCGCACCUUUUUUCUAUCAGAAUAGGUGUCGUUUCUUUUUCUGUCCUUUGUACUUUUCCCUCCUCCGUACCACUGUAUGAGUUCUCUUUUUUUACUGCGCAGUUGCAUUUCUGUUUACCUUGGUGAAGUAUUGUAGGUUUUCGUCAACGCUUUCGUCAAACAGUGUUUGGUCGUGGACGGAGUCGCAUUUAGGUAGUCUUCUCCUUUUUCUUCUUGUGAAAGAGUUUCAAUGCCAUAGAUAGUGAAGUA